AUUGGCAAAUCCAACCCAAACAACAACAACAGCGAGAGGAUGAGUGGACGACCGGCACAGCGUGUCGAAGCUCAAUACUUGGGUAGUGAUCAUGUUGAUCUAAGCACGCACAGCCUCGCCAGGGACAGGGCGCUGCUAUCGAAGAAGCUCCUGACCAUGGUCCUCGCCACCAACAUGCAGCAAACCGAGCCUGUGCCUACUGUUUCACUUACGGUGACUGUGGAAGGCAUCCGCAUCAAGCAUCCAGACCCGGCGGUUCUGGACAAGACAGGCAGCUUCCAUCCUCUGCGACGCAUUGUUUCUUGCCAGGCUGAUGAGCCUUGCAUCUUCUCGCUGUUGAGCGGCGCUGAUUCUGUCGGAAAACAGGCCCGUUUCCACGCCUUUCGCUGCCUUUCCAUGGCUGAGGCCAACCGAAUGUGCUUGGGCGUUCGAAGCGCAUAUGAGCAGGCGAAGCAGCAGCCCAAGCACCAAACAUCGCCGCACGCACCGAGCUCGCAACGAGACCCCAGGACACAGCAGAGCGCAAGCACAGCCGCGAGCGCGCACGCAAGCGGAGACGGUGAUGAAGAUGUGGAUGAGGAAGACGAUGACGACGAGCCAAUGCCACCCGUCAUUGUUGACAAAGCCGACGUGAAGGGAGGCACCGCACCGGACGCGCUCACUGAGGACACAGACUCAAUAUCACAAGAUGCUUCAGAGCAGAUAACAACAACAGACAGCAGUGAGACAAAGCCUCGACGACGAAGGCGGCUGUUGUUUCGUCGCCGUGACAGCAUGACAACUGCAGAGGGAAAACCAGCGCUCGCUCGCCCACGCAACAAGUCCCGCCCAAAGAAAGUCCACACGUCGAAAUACGGCCUGGUCACAAACAAGGAUGAACUUGAAGCUGUCAUUUCGCUCCCAGAUGCUUUCCCGAUGUUUCAGGAUGCGGAGGCGCAAGCGACGUGCUACAUGUGCAUGGGUGCCGUGCGCCCUGCUGCGGCGUGCUGUCAGAGCUGCCUCGCCCCUUUGGUUGACACGUUCGUUACGCGGGGCAUCGACCUCAACGACAGCACACAGGACGUGCAGUGCUGACGUGUGCAUUUGUUACGUGUGUUGGGCAGAAGUAAGUGACAUGACGUGAGAGUAAACGACAGAAC